CGGCCCAAAAACAGCACACGAAAAAUGAUUGUAGAGAUUUUGAUAACUCUUGUAACAUCAUUAAUUAUUUAUUCUAUUUAUGUUCAUAAAAGUAUACAUUAUUGGUACAGAAAACGUGGUAUAAAAUACAUCCCUGGUGUACCAAUUUUUGGUAACGCUUUAAAUAGUACAUUUAGAAAGAAACAUUUUGUUGAAGAUAUCGAUGCAGUUUAUAAACAAUUCCCUGAUGAAAGGUACAUUGGUUACACUCAAGGGACAACACCGAUAAUACUCAUCAGAGAUCCCGAAAUAAUAAAGAGCAUUACUGUGAAAGAUUUCGACCAUUUCGUCGAUCGCAAACAAUUCAUCAGUGAAGAUGUAGAACCUUUGCUCGGUGCCAGCCUUUUCCUUAUGAAAGGUGAUAAAUGGAAGGACAUGCGAACCACAUUAAGUCCUGCAUUCACUGGAUCCAAGAUGAGACUCAUGAUGCCAUUUAUGACAGAAAUAAGCGAAAGUAUUGUGGAAUAUUUAAAAGAUCACGUAUCAGAGGAUCUUGACGUAUGCGAUUUGAUGCAUCGCUACACCAACGAUGUGAUCGCCUCCUGUGCCUUUGGAUGCCAAGUGAAUUCCGUUAAAGAUAAAGAGAACGAAUUCUACAGAACCGGCCAAUCUCUUUUCGAAUUGUCAACUUUACAGAGAACGAAGCUUAUAUUAGCAAUGUAUUUCCCAAGUAUAGCAAAGAGUUUCGGCCUUAAAGUUUUUGAAGAAAAAGAUCUAAGUUUUUUUCAAAAUCUAGUAAAAGAUACUAUGGAAUAUAGAGAAAAGAAUAAAAUUGAAAGACCAGAUAUGAUACAACUUCUGAUACAAGCAUCUAAUGGUAAUUUGAACUCGGAUGAAGCAGAUAUAAAAACUGAGAAAAUAAAACGAGAAUGGAGUCAACAAGAUUUAGUGGCACAAGUUUUUAUAUUCUUUAUAGCCGGUUUCGAAACAUCUGCAACGACUCUUAUUCUAACUAUCCAUGAAUUGGCUGUUAACCCUCUGGUGCAAGAAAAAUUGUAUGCAGAAAUUAAAACAUUUCACGAUACUAAAGGCAAAUUGUUGUACGAUAACAUAAAUGAGUUGAAGUAUUUAGACUGUGUUAUAAAUGAAACGUUACGAAAAUGGUCACCAGCUUUAAUAAUGGACAGAGUUUGUACGAAGCCGUAUGAAUUGCCACCGCCGCGUGAAGGGGGUAAGCCGACCAAAUUAAAUCCUGGCGAUUUCGUUUAUAAUAUGGUAAACUCAAUUCAUCUUGAUCCGAAACAUUAUCCGGAACCAGAUGUUUACAAACCCGAAAGAUUUUCGGAGGAAAAUAAACACGAAAUCAAACCCUUUACGUUUAUGCCUUUUGGUAUCGGUCCUCGUACUUGUAUUGGAACUAGAUUUGCUAUGUUGGAAAUAAAGGUUUUACUUUAUAAUCUCAUAUUGAACUUUAAGAUAUUAAAAUGCGAAAAAACUACAGAUCCAAUAGUUUUAAAACCACACGAGCUUAAUAUUUUUGCCUUAGGAGGGUCAUGGGUAAAAUUGGAAACAAGAACAUGAUGUUUUAGAAGAACCUGACAUUUUAAGAUGCUAAUGAUUCGAUGAUUAUAAAAUAAAUGAUAACUUGCAUUGUUUUUGCAACUUGUUAGAAGUAUA